CCGCCGCCGCCGAGCCCCGCGGGCAGCCCGGCCGCCUGCGCCGCCCGCCGAGCUGCGGGUGCCCGGGCGGGGGACCAUGCCGUGCCGGAGGGAGGAAGACGAGGACGCCGGCGACGAGGCGGAGGGGGAGGAGGAGGACGACGACAGCUUCCUCCUGCUGGAGCAGUCGGUGACGCUGGGCGGCUCGGGCGACGUGGACCGGCUGGUGGCCCAGAUCGGCGAGACGCUGCAGCUGGACGCGGCGCACGACGGCCCGGCGUCUCCCCGCGCGCCCCCGGGGCCUCCGCUGCAGCCCCCGCGGCCCCCGGCGGCGGCGGCGGCGGCGACGGUGCGGGUGGACAAGGCCCGGCCGGCGGCGCUGCCGUUGCUGCUGCCGCCCGCGCCGGCCGAGGCGGGGGGCCCGGCGCCCGCGGGGGCCUUGCGCUGCGCCCUCGGGGAUCGCGGCCGCGUGCGUGACCGGGCUGCGCCCUACUUUGUGGCCGAGCUGCCCGCGGGCCCCGGCGCGCUGUCCACCUUGCCCCCGCAGCCCUAUUUGGAAGGGCCCCCGGGAGCCGACAAGUUGGGUGCCCUGCAGCCGCUGUCUGGCCCGUGCCGGCGAGGAUGGCUGCGGGGAGCCGCCGCCUCCCGCCGCCUGCAGCAGCGACGCGGGCCCCAACCUUCCGAAGCCCGGAUCGGCGAGGAUGACCCGCACCGGCUCCUGCAGCAGCUCGUGCUCUCGGGGAACCUCAUCAAAGAGGCCGUGCGGAGACUGCACUCGCGACGGCUGCGCUUCCACGCCAAGUUCCCGCAACGCCCGCUCCCGGGGCCGCAGUCCGCGGCGGCGCACGAGCCGGGCGCCGAGCCCCGCAGCCCGCGCGCAGCUUGCGCUAACCCCGGCGCGCCGGGCCGCAGGGCGCAGCUCAAGACUGGCGACGGCGUUCUGGUCCCCGGCAGCUGACACCCCAGGAGUGACCACAGCGGCCCUGCUCCGACCCGCGAACUCGCUUUCGGAAGCUGGGGUUGGGGUAGGGGGAGGCGGGGAGGGGGACAGGAGUUGGUAUGAACUGAUGAAAAUCAGCACCGAGGACCCUCGCCAGUGCCUCUCCCGGCUCCCGAUGUGUUUGAAAACUCGGACUCGGUCGGCGCUGGAGAAGGCGGGUCACAGUGCGCACCCCAAGACCCGGCGGCACGACUCCUCUAUUCAGUGGCGCAGCGGCUCGGGGGACCGUGCUGAACUGCCCACGCUCCCCGGGAUCGCCAGCUCCCGAAGGUCGCGCACGAUCACCCUUUAUUUAACUCGGGUUCCCUUCUCAGGGCUGGUUCCUGAUGCCACUUUGCGGCGGGGAGGGAAACUUGAGUCAGACAGACAGACGGUCUUUUCAGGGAGCUCCGCAACCUGCCAGGCUUGAAUUUUUACGAUACUUUAAAGGGGGAAAAAAAGAGAAAAAAAAAUUUCGUGUCUGUUGGGGUGUUCUUAAUCUAAAACAUGUGUGCCAUGAAAGGACCUUUUCGGGAGUUGAAUAGGAGGAGUAACCUUUUCUCCGCCCGACUGCGGUUUUCCAGCCGUGCGCGCGGGGUGGGGACGGGAGGCGGGGACCCGCGGGGCCGGGAAAGGUAGGGUGCGGCGCCGGGUGUACGUUUGCUCCUCACCUACCAGUGCACGAUUUUUUAAAAUGUGUGUGUGUGGUUUUUUUUUUUUUUUUUUUUUUGAAACCGGCCUUCCUCUUCCUCCGGCUCAAGGUCGUUAUUUCCGAGGCGCACACGCGGUUGCGGGGCUCCAGCAGGGCGGAAGAGUCCCGGGUUCCGUCUGGACUCGGGAAGGCGCGGUGUGUUUGCAAGUGCGGGAGUCUCCUGAGGACACGCACAGCUUUCCCGCCACCCCCCACCUCCUCCUGGUUGUUGGGGACCGGCUGGGGCGCCGGCUUUCAGGGACACAGGAGUGUGUCUCUGCCUCUCCCUACUCUGCUCUGUGGUCCUGCCCCCCGCCCCCCCACCCUAGCUGGGGAAAAGCCACGUGACGCGCCCUCCAGGGACACAGCCACGCACAGUAGCUUAUAAUGGGCUCUCCGGGGCCAUUUACAAUAACAGCUGCAAUUCCCUGGACAGACCGAGCUGAUUUCCUCCCGCUCCCCCUCCCCCAGUCAUGCCCGCUCGCCUUUGUAAGUUGAAGGAGACCCGAGUAGAAAAUGGGACCCUCCAAAUGCAGAAGCCAAGCUGCAGGCUUUGCCAUUGUGAACCGCUGUGAAGUGCUCGUGACGUGCCCGCUCGCUCACUCCAGAGGGGUCUAACGGACGUCUGUUUGGCGUUGGUUUUUUAUUUUUAUUUUUUUGUUUUUGUAAGAUUCAAUGGCUUGUUCAUCAUCCAGAUGUGGCUAUUGACCUAUCUACACUUCGCACCGGAGUGUCUGCAAUUGUGGCUGUCCUGAUUAUAGGAUGUUAACUGGAAUAUGUUUCUAAUAAAUGUGUUGGGUUUGGG